UGUUUUGGUAAAUUAUUAAAUCGGUAGAUAACGCACUCAUUUUAUUAUUAUUAGCUCAUGCAUACAUGAACGGUCUGUGAGUGACUUCAGCUAUUAACCCCGUUAUGUGGUGUAACCUUGAAUUUUGACAUCGGAGCUAAAAAAGCAGGACUCAUUAGCUACAGAAGGACUUAGUCCAUUUUCAUAACGCAGUCCCGGAUUUUCCCCGAGUCUCUUUUUCAGUCCUAGAAGGAUUCUUGGCUUUUUGAGGGUCCCUCCUGACGUCAACUUUGAGCAUCCGCACUGCUCCAUCUUUUUCCCUGUUAGACCGGCUGCUGCUGCUGCUUUUCGGAAAUGCCUCGUAUAGAGAAUGACAUCAAGCUAGACUUCAAGGAUGUGCUCCUCCGGCCAAAACGGAGUACGCUGAAGUCUAGGAGCGAGGUUGACCUGAUGAGGAGCUUUACCUUCAGGAACUCUAAGGGCAGCUACAGAGGGAUUCCCAUCAUCGCUGCUAACAUGGACACUGUGGGGACCUUUGAGAUGGCUGUGGCUUUGCACCAGUUUACUCUGUUCACUACAGUCCACAAACAUUACACGGUGGAUGACUGGUUGGAGUUUGCAGAAAAGCAUCCAGAAUGUCUGGAGAGUGUGGCAGUCAGCACAGGGACCGGUGACGGUGACUUUGAGAAGAUUUCGGCCAUCGUGGAGGCGGUGCAGCAGCUGAAGUACAUCUGCGUGGACGUGGCAAACGGUUAUUCAGAGCACUUUGUCCACUUCGUCAGAGACGUCAGGGAGAAGUUCCCCUCGCACACGAUAAUGGCAGGGAACGUGGUAACAGGAGAGAUGGUGGAAGAGCUGAUCCUCGCCGGCGCCGACAUCAUCAAAGUAGGCAUCGGACCAGGCUCUGUGUGCACCACCCGCAAGAAGACAGGGGUUGGCUAUCCUCAGCUGAGCGCCGUCAUUGAGUGUGCAGAUGCAGCCCACGGCCUGGGUGGCCACAUCAUCUCAGACGGGGGGUGCACUUGCCCGGGAGAUGUCUCCAAGGCUUUUGGUGCUGGAGCAGACUUUGUGAUGCUCGGUGGUAUGCUGGCCGGCCACUCGGAGAGUGGCGGCGAGAUCAUCGAAAAAAACGGCAAGAAGUACAAACUGUUUUACGGCAUGAGCUCCGACACGGCGAUGAAGAAACAUGCGGGAGGCGUGGCUGAUUACAGAGCGUCGGAGGGGAAGACCGUGGAAGUUCUCUACAAAGGUCCGGUGGGCGACACCAUACGAGACAUCCUGGGAGGGGUCCGCUCCACCUGCACGUAUGUCGGUGCAGCCAAGCUGAAGGAGCUGAGCCGCAGGACGACCUUCAUCAGAGUCACCCAGCAGCUCAACACCGUCUUCGGGAACGACAGCUGAACGCCCGGCUUUGCAAAGAAAGAAGCGGCGCCGGUUUGACUCCCACAUGCCAUUUGUCUGUUAGUCUGGUGUAAACUGAAGCGAGCAGACGUUUUAUUACUUAAAAACAUCAUAUUUUGAUACUCGUUCAGGUAGUAUGAUGUUAACAUUCAGCGCAGCUCUAGCUGUGUAAGUUCCACUCUCUAUAACAGAAGUAUUUUCCAGCACAGACUCUGGGUCUCAUCACACUCUGAAUAUUCCAGGUCUGAGUGUGUUUCCAGGUAGUAAGAUGCAGGCUACCUCUGCAGGCCUGCUCUCUCAUCAUUCCAGUGCAAACUCCUAAAAGCCUUUGUCACUGACAUAUAAAAUUAUCAUAAAUGUCUUAAAUUAUUUAUACAUCCUAAAUGUUUCUGCAAUUGCUGUAACAAAAUUAUAACAUCGACUUGUUUUUUAGAAAACCUGUCAUUCCUUUGCUAAAGUUUUGCACUUUAAUGAGUUAUACUUUCUAUAAAUGAUCUGUCUAUUUGUACUUUUGUCUUACCUGGUUCAGCUGCUCCUGAUCAAUACCAAAGUUUGUUUGUUUCCUUUUACAAACGAGAGCUUCAAGUGGAUUUACUGUAAUGAUUAAAGCCUUUAAAUAAACUGAUUCCUUCAUGUUAGCUUCAGAAGCCUUCAGUGUGAGUAUUUAACAGGAUUUAGUUUCACACAGUUCAUUUCAAAUUGUUCUUAUGUAAACUGUUAUUUUCUUUGUCAUAUUUGAGUGAAGAUUUAAAAAAGGCAGUUUUUAUAUUUCAUAAGUCACGUUACAUCUCAUCCAGUCAAUAAAAACCUUCCACAACUUCAA